GUAUUCCCUCUCCACAUGGAUGAAAAGUAGUCCCACCUCCUGUGUUUUGAUGCGCCGAGGAAUCACGUGACAUGUAUAUAUUCUUGUUUUGCUCAUCUCAUUUCCUACACAGUCUCCGAAAUUCUCAAUACCGCCGUAAAAAUGGUGACACCGGAGAACUUGUCCGGCGAGACAGGCGCUCAAAGGGAGCCCAAAUUUGACCGGGAUGCUUCCACGACGGCCGUGGACACAGCAAUCGUGCUUCUCGGAGCCGGGGUGACAGCGAUCACACACCCGCUGCUGUACGUCAAACUGCUAAUUCAGAUUGGACAUGAGCCCCUCACCCCAACUGUCGGAACCACCAUGUUUGGGAGGAAAGUGUUGUACCUCCCUGGAUUCUUCUCCUAUGCACAGCACAUCAUAAGGGUGGAUGGAAAGAGGGGACUCUUCCGAGGUCUGUCCCCUCGUAUUAUGUCCAGUGCCAUCUCUACCAUGGUCCGGAGUAAAGUCAAACAGACCAUUCCAGCAGAAGAGGUAGAGAAUGUAUCUGACAGAGAUGACUUGAACACCUCCAUCAGGAAAGUGGUCAAAGAGACCUCACAUGAGAUGGUCAUCCAGUGCCUGUCCAGGAUAGCCACUCAUCCCUUCCAUGUGAUCUCAGUGCGCUGCAUGGCCCAGUUUGUCGGGAGAGAGAUCAAGUACAGGGGGUUGUUCAGCUGCAUAGCCAACAUCUUCAAGGAGGAGGGCGUUGGGGGAUUCUUUGCGGGGGUUGUGCCCCAUGUCCUGGGUGAGGUCAUCUUCCUGUGGUGUUGUAACCUCCUGGCCCACUUCAUCAACACCUACGCAGUGGACAACAAUUUCAGCCAAGCCCCAGCAGUGAGAAGCUACACUAAGUUUGUGAUGGGGAUUGCAGUGAGUGUGUUGACAUACCCAUUUAUGCUGGUGGCAGACCUGAUGGCAGUCAACAACUGUGGCUUAGUGGCUGGUGUUCCCCCUAACUCUCCCAUCUUCAAGUCCUGGGUGCGCUGUUGGGCUCACCUGAGCCAUGAGGGCCAUCUCUUCCGAGGAUCCAGCUUCUUCUUCCGCCGCGUACCUGUGAAAGCGAUGGCCUUAACUGAGGAGUGAUGUCAUCAACCGCCGCACAACCUGUGCCACUGUUCUCCCUAACUGGUACCUCAGUGAGACCAACGUACAGCCCACCAAGUCAAACCUUCCCCUCACCUUAACCACCCUGGUGGGUACAGCAGGAGCAGCAAGAUAUCAAUGGGCUUGGUGAUCUACUGAUCUUUUUUUUUUUGCUGAAUCAAAGUUACUUACAAAAGAAGUUGUUUUGUUAAUUUAGUUUUUUAAUCUUAAGUAUUAGUGUAGCCACUCAAAAGUAAGAGGUUGGAGAAUUCAUGUGAGCAAAUCAAAAUGCUAUCCAAUAGAUGUCCUCUUGGUUGAAUGCUGAGAGUAUAAUCUCCUUUUACUAUCCCAGCCUAAAGUUGCACAAUUAUUUUUUCUUUUUUAAAUUAAAAUCUAUCACUUCAUUUAGCCAUUUAUUUAUUUUUUAUAUACAGUUUAAUUAAGUUCUAUGUAAGCUUUGGAAUUGGAUAGGUGAUAACGUCAUCUAUUGAAAUAUACCAAAUGUUUAUUUUUCAAAUGAUCUUCUUCCCAGAAGCAUGAUAAGAGUGCUUGCAUUCAAAGGGGGUCCUUUGUCUCCUAUCAGAAGUGCUUUAACCAAGAAUUAUACCUAUUCAGAAACAUCAUAAACCCACGAUAACUGGAGUACUCUCCUUUCAACCAUAAGAUUAAUUAGACAACUGGUUUCUCGCAAAUUCUUACAAAUUGCAGCUCUAGUGUUCGCCUGCCAUGAGGAGUAUGAAACAGGAGGAAUUCAGAGGGAAACCAGUGGUUUUCAGGGAUGUCUAAAAACGUAGCCUGCCAUGAGGAGUAUGAAACAGGAGGAAUUCAGAGGGCAACCAGUGGUUUUCUGGGAUGUCUAAAAACGUAGCCUGCCAUGAGGAGUAUGAAAUGGGAGGAAUUCAGAGGGCAACCAGUGGUUUUCAGUGAUGUCUAAAAACUUAGCCUGCCAUGAGGAUUUUGAAACGGGAGGAAUUCAGAGGGCAACCAGUGGUUUUCAGGGAUGUCUAAAAACGUAGCCUGCCAUGAGGAGUAUGAAACGGGAGGAAUUCAGAGGGCAACCAGUGGUUUUCAGGGAUGUCUAAAAACUUAGCCUGCCAUCCAAAAAAGGUUUUCUCUGUGGCCAUAUUGACAACUGUCCUUAAUGUAUAAUAUAUCAAAUAAGUGAUAUAUCUAACUGGUGCAACAUUAUGGGUAUGUUUGUGUUACCAAUGACAAAGAAAUGCUAAAUUAUGUGAUGACAAUGGCUGAGCAUAUUAUGCAUAUUACGAUACAUUUUGCAGUCAGGCUAAGGGUGUGUGCCUGAUCUUUGAACCAACCAUUUCUGUUUGUUCCUUUUUGACUGCAGGUGAAGAUCCCAAUUAACCUGAUAGUUUAGUUAACCACUUGUAGUAGCAUAUAAAUAAAAGGAAUCACCUUACCUCCUCGUUAACAUUAUCAUAUUGUGUCUCCCCCUGCCCCCAUGAUCCGUGUUAACCACAAAAUGAUCUUGACCGGGUUUGGUAUAGGCUGUUUUUGUCCUUAUUCCAGAUGUUUUUUUUGCAAUGGAUUGCUCUAAUCAUGUCUACUUGAAAUAAUGUGUGGGGGAAAAAGCUUGCAGAAGAGACCUGCUUUGCCAAGUGUGUGAGUGGGUUUAUGAUGUGUCCAUCUUUAUACCAUGUAAUUGAGAAUAUGAUGUCCAGUGCUGUAAUCUUUCUGUAUGUUUUUUUUCUUCUCAAAAUGUCAUGAGCAUUCACUCUCGUGUGUGUGUGUGUGUGUGUGUGUGUGUGUGUGUGUGUGUGUGUGUGUGUGUGUGUGUGUGUGUGUGUGUGUGUGUGUGUGUUCCAGUCAAACAUUCCCUGUAAACUGUGAUCUCCGAAAGAGGGAGAAGCAAUGGCGAGGCAGUUGCUUUGCGACCUUGCAUUUAAGAUGUCUAUUUCCCUGAAAUAAUAUGAAACCUGGCAUUCUUGUCUAUUCUACAGUAUCUGUGUUAGGUUAAAAACAAUCGUUUGAUCAGGGUUUUUUAAAGAAAUUACAUGGAUGAUGUGAUGGUCUACAAGUAGUCAUUUCUCUGUGAACAACUGGGCAGACACACACACACAUUUUUGUGCCAGGCAGCAGCUUGAAUGAGAGGGUCAAAGAGUGGUAAUUUCCUGUUAAUGUAUUAGCUGGGACAGACACAUACUUUUUGUUCCCUGCAUAGUUAAUCAUUCAUCAGCUUUUCAUUAAACCCAUUUGUAAUAUAAAA